AUGCCGCUCUGUCUCACCUUCGUCGACUUGAAGAAGGCUUUCGACUCAUUUGAGACGGAAGCAGUCAUGGAAGCCUUGGACAAUCAAGGCGUCCCUACUCAGUACAUAAAGGUACUUCGAGAGUUGUACAGUAACUUCACGACCGGAAUUGCGCCAUUCUAUGAGAAUAUCAUCAUUGACGUGAAGAAGGGGGUUCGACAGGGUGACACAAUCUCACCCAAAAUAUUCACAGCCACCCUCAAGAACACAAUGCGAAAGUUGGAUUGGGACGACAUGGGAGUGAAGGUCGACGGUUGGCAGCUACACCAUUUGCGCUUUGCUGAUGACAUCGUACUGAUAACACCUAGCAUCAGCCAAGCGGAACGAAUGCUGACCGAAUUCGACGAAACAUGUGGAUGCAUCGGUCUUCAGCUAAAUCUAAACAAGACGAUGUUCAUGCGGAACGGAUGGGUCUCGGAUGCCCCACUCACGCUCAACGGAACGAACAUGUCCGAAUGCACCAGCUACUUUUAUCUGGGUCGAAAACUGAACACGAUGAACGACUUGACCCCCGAGCUGGGCAGGAGGAGACGAGCGGCUUGGGGAGCGUAUAAGAGCAUCGAGGAUGUAGUGAAGAAGACCAGGAACACCCGGCUCCGUGCUCACCUCUUCAACACCACCGUACUUCCUGCUUUGACCUAUGCUUCGGAAACCUGGGCAUUUCGCAAGCAGGAAGAAAACGCGGUGAGCGUCAUUGAACGCGCAAUUGAGAGAGUGAUGCUAGGAGUACCCCGUUUCAGGCAAGUGAGGGACGGGAUUCGAAAUUCUCUCCUACGUCAGCGAUCGAAGAUUAGAGACGCCGCCGCGUUUGCCAAGGAAAGUAAAAUAAGGUGGGCCGGACACGUGAUGCGCUUUAACGACAACCGUUGGACCAGAGCCGUGAGCGACUGGUUUCCCGCGAUAUUAAGCGCACUACAGGAAGACCGCCGACCUGAUGGUCAGAUUUCUUCACGAAGUCCUUCAAAGAAAAGUAUGAUGCUCUUCGUGUCCCACGCGAAAGGAGGAACCACUGGGCUACUCUGGCACGCGACCGGGACAAAUGGAAGAAUUACUGGAGUCCGCUCGACCAGUUCGAAGGUCAACGGGAGUCAAGGUGAUCAAGGUGAUUGGGCGGAAAGUUCUUCAGCUGCAACGUUCUCGACAUUGCGAAGCGUAGAAUGUACAGAACUUAUGGAGCGCGGUGCAGCUACAUACGUAAGCUGCUGCGCUCCAACCGACGCUGUGGAAAUAGCGACGAUAAGUGACGCGGUGGAGAGGAAUGCUACCACUGCGAACUGCAAUGAUGAGCUCUUCUGA